CUGGGGUUGUGAAAUCGCAGCAGGACUCCACGUCCCACAAGGCAUUGCUUGCCACCCACAAGCAGAAGGCGUGGGCUGCCAAUUGGGUUGCUAACUUGUCUGCAUUUUUGGAAAGCUGCAUGGAACCACCAAGAAGGCAUCCUUAGGGGGAGAUCUCGAAAGAAAUGGCUUAAUGGAAGUUGUCUACCCCUGACUGAGGAGAGGAAAAAGGAAAGCGGAAAUGUCUGCUUGCUAUUACAUGAAGGAGGUUUCAUGGAGUAGAUCGGAGGGUUCUCUGAUUGACGUGGACAAUGGAAAUCCUGCAAGGAAAGAUUGGACAGAUGAAAAGGAAAAUGAAUUCGACUUGAAGUUCCAUUGGUCUGAAAAAUUUAAGCAAGGUGCUCCCAGUGGAUUCAAGACAAAUCCAUUUUGGAAUGAACUGUCAGCAUCAAACCCAUUUUUAGAUGAUGUAGCUCAAUCAAGCAACAAAGAAAAAAGUGACAGGCGUAUAUCAAUUUUGAAAGAAGAUCCUUAUUUAUUUCGUAGAGAUUCAAAUGCCAGGCAUUCCGCCGCUUCAUCUGGGGAUGAAUUAAAUAUUGAUUAUCUUUUUCAUCGUAAAGCAUCGAGGAGGUCUACAAAAUCUCGGAGUGUUUCAGAUCUUUUGGAUAUCGUAAACACCACGACUUUUGAACUUCCCAGCACAGCACCAACCAACCACAUUCUACCUCCAGAGAAUGAAUCACUUCAGAGUGAUCGUGAAGCUUAUAAGACAGCGUGGCUGAAUCAAAGGCAGCUGGCCCGGUCUUGCUUGGAUUUGAAUGUGAUCAAUCAGAGUCCCGGAUGGGCACAAACGCAAUCUGUGGAAACCCAUAUUGUGUGCAAAGUGAAUCAUGAGGGUGGUUCAGUGCAGCUUCCUGACUCGGAUAUUGCUGUUCAUUUCCCGGAAGGUCAUGUACCUUUUGGUGAAUUCCAAGAGGUUGGAUUACAGGCUAUCCUUGACUCUCCAUCAUCCCUUAACCAUGACUUUUCAACCACUGUGAGCCCUUUGAUUGAACUGACAUUAAGUAACCUCAAUACCACAGAAGCCAUUUUGCUAGAAAUGAAAAUUGCAGCUGAAAUAAAGAAGGAUCCUUUUAGUCAAGUUAUGAUGGAAAUUGUGUGUCUGUGCAGUUCUAGGAAAGAAGGACCAUUUGAAAAAAUACACAGCUGUUACAUUUAUAAAGAUACCAUCCAAGUGAAGCUGACAGAUCUGAGUCACUUGAUGUACGUUAUUGCUGUAGCCCAAGUGAAUGCAGUGAAUGCUCCUGCAAGCGCUUGGGAAUAUAUUCACAGAAAACUUUCAGUGGGAAUAUAUGGACCCAAACACAUCCAUCCAUCUUUUACUGUUGUUUUUGCUCUCUUUGGCCACAGCUAUAUUCCAGAGAAGCUCACAGUCUGUGGCAUUAAAAAAGGUGGGAAGAGUAUGCCCCCAGUUGUUUUCCAACUAUGGGGGAAGCACAUAUUUGAACUUGAGAAGCCACAAGACCUGAACAUUUUUGUGGCUUCCUGUGACCCUGAUUUUGAAGUGAAGGAAGAAGAUCAAAGGAAAGAGGUGAAAGAAGACACAUUGAAAGGUGGUGGCCAGGUGAUUCAAAAGCACUUUCCAUUUUCCAUAAUCAACACAAGAAAAAUACAUCUUUUUGUCUUCCGUGUCCAGGUUAAAAUGCCAAACAACAACUUGGUGUGCCAGUUCUACAUUACAACUCCUGAACCGGCUCCAAAGCCAUUAAGAGGAAUGUUCAACCAGCCAAACCAAUUGGGAAAACACAAGGAGGUCAAAUCUUCACCGUUGUUGUCCGUACCAACCAUAAAAUACCCAACAUUUCAAGAUCAGGGUUUAAAUGUUAAGAGCUAUGGCAUAGCUUUGAAGACUGUGUUACGUCAAAGUAAAAUUAACUAUUUGCUGGAGUAUUUUAAAGGGGACACAAUAGCGCUUCUUGGCGAAGAUAAGGUAAAAGCCAUUGGACAAGCUAAAAUAAAAGAGUGGUAUGUAGGAGUUCUUAGAAGAAAGGUGGGACUUGUACACUGCAAGAAUAUCAAAGUGAUACCCAAGGAUCAAGCCAUGGAUAUUGAGGAUAGCACAAUUACAACCGACGACCUUGCUGAACAAAUUGCCUUGCCUUUUAGAAAACUGACAUAUAUCUAUUCAGCAAUCCUAUCCACUGUAUCAGAGAGAAUGUAUGACUGGAAAGCUUUGGCUAAUGCCCUUCGAUUUUCAGACAUGUCCCUGGAUGAUUUCAGUGAAUUACAAGCUGAGAAAGAAUCGGAAAAAGUUGCUUAUGUUGUGAAGAAGCUAAAAGAAGUUUGCCAUGCGAACAGAAGUACGAGGCGUUUCCUUUAUGAGCUCUCUGUUGCUCUUCUGAAACUAAAUUGCCAAGGAUUGGUAGCACGCAUUACCCAGGAUACAGUCAUUUUUACUUCAGCUGUGAAGCUCGGAAAAGGCUGGAGGGACCUGGCUGAAAAGUUAGCUCGACUCACAAAGCAACAGAUUGAAGCUUAUGAAGCUCCCCACCGGGGAAGAAAUGGAGAUGUUCCCCCAGAGAUGAUGUGGAAACCAGCGUAUGAUUUCCUGUACACUUGGGGAGCUCACUAUGGAGACAGCUACAGAGAUAUGCUGCAAGACCUGCAAUCUGCAUUAGAUAAAAUGAAAAACCCUGUGACCAAACACUGGCGAGAACUCACAGGAGCUCUGAUUCUGGUUAACUGCAUGGAAGUUCUCCAGGCAAAUGCUUUCUCUAAAACGGAUGAAGAAUAAAUGUUGUCUUCUAAUUUGUAAAAGCAUCCUACUAGAACUCAUCGCCCUAAAAUGCAAAGACAUGUAAUGAGAGCAUCUCUAUUACAAACCAUUGAGUGUCUUUUAUCGAAAGACACAACUUGGUGUUGUUUUUUAAAAACUUUGAGCCAUUCAAAUACAGCCAGCUUCACCUGUUUUUAUUCUUGAAUUUCUCAGUACUUGUUAAUAUACAACAGCUGUAAUUCAAGCUACUUGUGAUGGGAUGUAAAAUAAUGUUUUAAGAAUACAGCUUGGACAGCAAAGAUAAGACUUUUUUUAAAAAGAUAAUUUUCCCUAGAAAUUGUUGUAUAUAGCUGCUGGUGUCACUCCUUCAUAUAUGUACAUAUUGUUCAAAAAUUCAAUUUCUUUAUUACAUGUAUUUUUUCAUUUUAUGCUUGUAGAAUUUUCUGAAUAUUUCAAUUCUGAUAGAAACAGGCUGUUUUACUAAUGUCUUUACCAAUGUAUCUAUUGUUGGCCUACAUUUAUCCAUGGUGCAGUGUUGCUAUUGGCAACAAAAGAAGCUGGGUCUGAAGCCGAGGGAAAACAGUUAUUUCCCAGAGCUUAGAAAAGUAACCUUGUGCACUACAGUUCCCAAAAAUCUCUCAGUGAGCAUGUCCAUUGACAGUUUUAUCCCACCUAAAAUUACUUUCCCAACAUCUGACCUCUUCAAGGUCUAUGAAAUUUUACUUACUUCAGUUUUAAAAUGCAUUUAUUCACCAUGUAUGCAUCUCUAAAAGUGGGGUGCAUUUUAGAAUCUCUGGUGCUUUUUUAUAAAUAUAAAUAAAGAUUUUUGUUGGUGGUGGUUCUGAAAUUAAUACACAUUUACAAUUAAUGGUGUCUUAUAAUUGAAGAAAUUGGGUAUAUGCACUUCCUAUUUGGCUGCAGGACAACUAGCUUAUUUCAUAUUUAGAGCCACAUAAAAAUCUCUCACUUUGUGAUCACAUUGUGGCAUUUGUCUCUCACUGUCCCCCAGUGAAAUAAGUUUUUCCACUGUCCUUUAUUCCUAACUAACCAGAAUCCCAUCACAACCACCCAGUGGCUGCUUUAGUACUUUCAAAAUGACUGAGAAUUUUGGGAAACUGUCAUCCAAAACAGAGCUAAUGCAGGUUAAACGUUCAAGAAUGCUUGCCACUGUCUAUUUCUGCUUAAUUCCUUUUAUAUGGAGACUACAAAAGAUAUUGUCCAGUAGAUUUAUAUACGGUAGAGUCUCCGUUAUCUGAUAUCAAUACGGAGUAUCAAAUGAGUGGAAGUUGGAUAACUGAGACUCUACUGUACUUCCAAAGUGGAAAUUUUUCCUGGACCAUUGCAAGUGUUAUGUACACUUACAAUGUAUCAGGUAUGCUGAUUGUAACACCCAGCAUUCCCAAACAAUAUGGCUAGUGGAUAUGCUAAGAAUUAUGGAAAUUAUACUUGAUCUUGGCAUAUUUUGGGUGCCAGCUCAGAGAGGCUUGUAGUGUGGGAUUGUAUAAAGCUAAAAUGUUUUUGCCAUUAUUACUUUUUGUACCAAUUCUACUUUCUCUUUCAAUGCAGUUAAAUACAUUUGGCCAAACAAACUCUUGGAGUAAGAAAAGACUUUGCUUGUCUCAUUUGGGGUAUAUCAUUAUUACUAUCCAAUCUAAACUAAGUGUCUAGUGGGCCUUAUUCCCAGGAAAAUGUCCGUAACAUUACUGCUUUAAUCUAGAUACGGUUGGAUGAUUGGCUUAGUCUCUCCAGCCAUUAUCCUAAAAUAUAUUGCACUUUCGUUAAAUGCAACCUUUUUUUUUUUUUGCCUUGCUUGCUGAAGAAUAACUUAUCUGCAUUGUUUCAGUUUGCUUGACCAAAAUGAUAAAAACACAAUGAAGAAUUCUGAGUUUGCAAGGGAAGGAAAUGUAUCAUUAUUUGUCUCCUGGAAAUGUAUGUCUUUCACAAGAAUUCCACCAAAUACUAUCCAUUCAUGUAGAAUUGAGUUAAACCAGGAUGAGCAACUGUGGAAAGCUAGGACAGUGGUUCAUAACCUGUGAGUCCCCAGAUGUUUUGGCUUUCAAAUCCCAGAAAUCCUAACAGCUGGCGUUUCUGGGAGUUGUAGGCCAACACACCUGGGGACCCACAGGUUGAGAACCACUGCUCUAGGGACACAGAGGCAUUCUCACCAUGUUUUUGUUUGG